AUGGUGAUCUGCGUAUCCUCCUGCCCUCAGACAGCCACAGAUGGCACCUUCAAGCUACCAGAUGGGCCCAUGGGCAAGGACUUCGUGCGUCCCGCCUACCCGACAGCCAACAUCUAUGGCCAGCUGUGUUUACCUCUGGACCUGGAGCUUGCACGGCUCAUCAUCUCGGUGAAGAGUGUCCAGACUGAGAUGUACAAGGCCCUUGGAGUGAUCUUUACGUCCUCUGACGGUAUUCUGCUGGUUCUCUCCGUGCCCUUCGUCACUUCCGGCAUCUACUUGAUCGCUCUUUACUACAUCCCUACAGCUGCGACCACACUCGCGUUCUCUAUAACGGCUGUCACACUGGCUCUCGUGGGUGUGCUCAUGGACCUGGAUCUAAGCGUCAUGAAGGACAUCCCACUUUUCAAGGAGACCCAUCCAUUGAUGCUGAUGAUGCAGCCAUACUUCCGCACCUGCUGCUACUUGGGCAGUGGCCUGUUCUUCAUUGUCCUGGCCACGGCUAUCUCGGCCAUGGCAAGAGCGCAUGCCGUAUUCCGAGAAUGUGUGGCUGCGAUCUUUGACCCGAACGUCCUGGUCACUGUUUUCACGAGUAUGGGCCUCUCAGUCGUCCGCAUCGCCUUCAUCCUUCACGUUUGCAGGCAGCUGGCACUCCUCAUGAGCAUUGUGGAGCCAUACGAGGUGGAACUUCAACUCUUUGGGGAGGUUCAUUUCGUUCCGCGAACUGCAUGGUCCCCGUUCUUCCUGAAAGGCGUUUUCUUCUACGUCUUUGGAACCUUCUGGACUCUUGAGUUCCUGUCCUUCAGCAACAAGUACAUCACUGCGCAGAUCCUCUGCGCGAACUACUUCCACCUGAAGGCCCGAAACGUCCAGAUGCAGGCGGCCUACUGCGAAAUUGCGUGGGUUUGGGGUGUAGGGUUUAGGGAGGGUAGGGCAAGGGUUCUUUGGGCGUUACAUUGGUACUAA